CCCGAGAAGUUUCGCACAGGGCGCUGACAUCUUAACAAAUGGACAGUGCGCCCUCAAGAGUUAAAAGUGUGUAAAUGCGGAAAAGAAUCGGUCCGUGUUGAUCUCUGGACCCAAACGAUCGUCGUGUUGAUUGAAAUUCUGCUGCUGUACUCGUGAUUUCCAUAUCAGUGCCCUUAACAACGACACGUUGUUUGAGUGGAUGAUCUCUCUUGCUUUUGUGUAUUUCCUUCAGUAGAAUUUGAAGUUGACCAUAUAAACUUGCGAGAGUGUCACACGGGAACGCCAUACAUGAACUCCCUCGGUGACAUAUGACAGUGACAGUGGCAUCCGAUGUGUACCUUGUUAUUCAUGCCUUUACUUUAUGUAUUUUGUAACUAACAUUAAAAUCGGAGAAGCGGCAGUCACAACUUCGCAACCAUGAUUAGCAAACUGAACAUUUGAUACAGGACUCCCCUCAACCAAGUCGCCACUGGUGCUGAACGAUCGUCAUAAACUCAUUCACAAUGGUGUAUGCAUGCAUUAUCCACUCUCUGAGUCCGUCAGUGGAAGCCAGUGUCUGUCGUGUGCUUUACGCAUGUACAUUUGGCACUGAAGACAGGCUGGAUGACCCCAGUGAGCCACCAACAACCAGCGGUCAGUUGAACUUGGAGAUAGACACCAGGACUUUCAAGAAAGAACAGCUCGCUCUGGUGGCUCGACAGGUCCAGUCCGAGUAUGCGUUCCGAAAGUCGGUGGUGUCCAAAGACCAGGUGGAGCAGAGCACUGGGGUGUACUCUGUAACAGGACUUGCAGACGAUGCCAGCCAAGCGGACAUUGGCUUUUUCCGGCUGGCAGCGGGCAACCCAUUCCGAGGCGAGAAGAUCGCGGUCUGGCUGGGACUGGCCAACGUGGGGCUGACCUUGGUCUGCGAGAGGAGUGAGAAUCGGCUUUUGGCAGAGAGCGCCCUCAAGCUGCUUGCGAAAAGCCUUCAGGAACAUGUGCAGGCGGUCAGUCAGCCCGUCGAGGUGCAGCUGAAGGGGGAGCGAGUGGCCAUCAUUGUUCACCAGUUCCUGCCCAGCGGCAGGCUUGUCUUCAUGAACUACACGGUCAUCCGGCAACUUGAGAAGGACAUGGAGAACAUGCUUCGCGGAAAAUGAACCGGAUCGUUUUUGUUUUUACUCCAAUUCCAAAUCACAAUGGAUAUGAAGUGGAUGUAGAUUUUUAUUUAGCUCAUAAAUGUGAUCAUUUCUGUUUUGAAAGCCCCAUGAAAUUUUGCCCAGGAUCCAAUUUUAUCAAAUAUUGCUAACAACAUAACAGCAAAAAAGUUUGUUGCCGGUGGUUUGCGUUUUUUUCACAAAUAAGUAAGAAAUUUUGAUUUGUGUGCCCGAGUUACCUCUGGAUUACAUCUAUCUGCUUAGACGGCACACUUAAAGCGGACAUUAAUAUAAAAGUUCACUCACAUUAAAAUAAAGAAAAUGCAAUAAAAAUUGGUUAGGAAGAGAGCUCAAAGCAGCAACAUUCCAUUUGAAAAUUGGUUGGACAUUUGUUUUUUUAUUUACCCUAAAUGCUUUAAAACUAUCUAUGAAAGUUAAAGUUUACACAUGAAAUACAAAUCUUUUUUAUGAAUGGAAAAUAAAAACUUGUAAAUAAUUACAAAUUCUAAUAUAUCUUCAGCUUUCCCUGAUCCCUUGAAAUCAAUUGAUAGGAACAUCCCUUGAUAUCAAAAAAAGAAGAUAUUACGCUCAAGUCAAAUUUAUAGUUUUGAUAUGGGGACCGAGUCAGCUGUCAAUUUGGUACCAGUACACUUGAUUCCCAAUCCUACCAGGUUCACACUCAUUAAACUAGUACUGUCUCUAAAUUCCCUUACCCACUGUAGCUAUUAUAUAUUUGUAGUCAACUUGCCUGGACAGCCUUGAUAUUCCCGGUUCAAUGCUAAAAUGGUAAACCCCUCCUCAACAACUGACAAUUUUCUGUUCCAGAUUUGGCCAUAAGCCCCACCCACCACCUUUGAUUACCCUGACAAUUCUCACAGUGUUAUGAUCGAGCUACGUACCGUGGGUACCGGACUGAAAGUCGUUAACCGAAUUGGCCAGAGCGCACUGUGUGAUCAUUGACGAGCAGGGAUAGUCCAUUUCAAGAUUCCAAAGCAGUUACGUAUCUCAAGAUACGGGUUGCUUCCCACCCCUGUCCCCUUGCCUGUACUCAUGGCACCACUCAGAAUUGGGAGAGGAAAACCUGAGUGCCCCUCCCCCCCUACAUAACUACCCUCUCACUUGAACUAGAAAGCCACACGCCGAACAGCGAUAUGUUAUCCCUGAACGGAAUCGUGGUCUUGCCUCAACCAUUAAUGGGGUCUGUGCUAGAUGUAGGCCUACAUGUAUACGUAUAUAUCGCACAACACCACAAAACAAGGGCCUGUAUGUAAGUGCCUGUACUUUUCUUUAAAACUGACAUGGAAAAAUGUAAUUACACCCCACACAAAAAAACGCAGUCGCUACGAUUUCCAUUUGAAACAGAUGUCGAGUCACUUUCCGUAGGAAAAAAAACAUUUCUGGCUCUGUGUCCGAAUUUAUCUUUUACCAUGACAACUGCUGGUUUCCCGGUCCCGUGCAGUACCGUCACCACGCUGCCAAGUGCCCAGCCUGCCUCCGCUACGCACCCUGGAUGGCAGACCUAAAUAGCCCACUGUGCGCAAUUGAAUUAUCGUCCAUUGCUAAUUAAAUCUCGCUCUCGCCAAGACACACAAGUUAUCAUUCCUUCUCGGUGGAAACCCAGUUCACACAAUUACUGCGGCCCUAACCUGAAACACACACACAUUUUUAUAGUUCAUUUACCACCUGA